AACCCGGUAUAUAUGUUCCACCUAAUGAUGCAUAUCCCAAGAGAUACCACGGUAUAGGGAUACGUAUUGAAGAUAAUGUUGUAGUUGGAGCUACAGAUCCUAUUGUAUUAAGUUCAACGGCACCUAAGGAGAUUGUUGACAUUGAAUUUUGCAUGGCUAAUUCAUGA